AUGUUUAAAAUAAAUAAGGCUUUUCUAACUUAUUCGUGGAGAUGGAAGAUAAAUGAAGAUUUGUGUGGAAUAUGUCAGCAGACAUUUGAUCAGAUGUGUCCUAAAUGCACACAUCCUAUUGAGUGCAAACCUUGUGUAGGAAUGUGUGAUCAUACGUAUCAUGUACAUUGUAUAGCAGACUGGAUUAUUAAGAAAAGAUUCUGUCCGAUGUGCCGUGUACCGUGGAGUGUAAAGAGAACAUUUGACAGUGCUAAUUAA